AUUUUUUCUGUCUGUAAAUUUAUGUAAACUACACAUUUUUCUCAUCAAAAGCAAGUCACGAUUAAUUAGGUCUAUGAAGAAAUAGGCAGUUAUAUUAAUUUUACAAGCGAAAUGUAUUUAUUUUGAAUGCACCGAGCAUUAAGUAUUAAGGAUAUGCAAAUUCAAUACCAGCAGUGCCGACUUGUUAAUAUAAAUUAGUAAACAAAUACAUUACAGCUGUGUAUAUUUAUAUUCGUAUUCAUCAGCCAAAUUAUGGAUAAGAAGAUCUCAUCGACAUCACAGCCACGCAUUUUGAAAAAAAAGCAUUUUAGGGUAAAACAUCAAAAGGUUAAACUAUUUAGAGCCAAUGAACCGAUAUUAAGUGUGUUCAUGUGGGGAAUAAAUCACACUAUUAAUGAAUUAAGUCACGUUAACAUACCUGUAAUGCUUCUGCCAGACGACUUUCGUGCUUAUUCAAAAAUCAAGGUGGACAAUCACUUAUUUAAUAAAGAAAACAUGCCGUCACAUUUCAAAGUAAAAGAAUAUUGCCCCCUCGUGUUUCGAAAUCUACGUGAACGAUUUGGAGUUGACGAUGUUGAUUACCGCGAGUCGUUAACUCGAUCUCAACCAUUACGAAUUGACUCAUCUGGAAAGUCAGGGGCACAGUUUUAUCAAAGUUAUGAUAGGUUUUUUAUAAUUAAAAGUUUAACAUCUGAAGAAAUUGAGCGUAUGCACGCAUUUUUAAAGCAAUAUCACCCGUAUGUUGUUGAAAGACACGGAAAAACAUUGUUACCACAAUACUUGGGAAUGUAUCGAGUAACUGUAGAGAGCGUGCAAUAUUACUUCGUUGUUAUGAGGAAUGUUUUUAGCUCUCAUUUAACUAUUCACAAAAAAUUUGAUUUAAAAGGCAGUACCGUGGAUAGGGAGGCAUCCGAAAAGGAACUAGAAAAGCAAUUGCCGACUUUGAAGGACAAUGAUUUUAUAAAACAAAAAGUAAAAUUGGACAUUGGAAAGGAAGCUAAAAAAAAACUAAUGGAAACCUUGAACAACGAUGUGGAUCUUUUGACCAAGUUGCAUAUUAUGGACUACUCUUUGUUGGUUGGCGUGCACGAUUGCGUGCGUGCAGAGGAGGAAGCAUUACAAGGGGAUAAUGUUCCAGCUGCCGGUCGCAGUGAAAACAGCGAGAGCGAGGAAUGUGAUAGUGGCGAACGCUGGACGUAUAACACUCCACCUGAUUCUCCAAGGGGAGCACAAUAUAAAGAAGUCGUUUACGAAGUUGAUAUAUAUGACAUUCCAAGUAUUGAAGAAAAACGCGAAAUAUACUUUGUAGCAAUAAUUGACGUGCUUACUCAAUAUGGUGUAAAAAAACAGGCAGCUAAAGCAGCAAAAACCGUUAAAUACGGCAGUAAUGUUGAUGGUAUAUCAACAUGCGACCCCGAACAAUAUGCCAAACGAUUCUUGGAAUUUAUAGAUAAGGCUAUAGAAUAAAUAAAUAUAACCACAUUGUAUUUGUCACAUUUAAAAUGUCAAAAAUGUAUUUAUAUAAGAUAUAUAAAGUGUAAGAUGUUAUUUCAAAG